AGACCGCGACAAUGACACCCACAGUGUCCGCACUUAAAGGGUCAAUGUAACGUAGCAGUCUAGAUCGGCGACGAGACUGUCAGAGCUGGUCUCAGUUGCAUCAGCCGUUGUGGAGUGAGAUAUCCCUCGAUAUACGUAUACGGCAGGUACCCUCUAAAAGUGUUACAAGUUCGAGAACCCCAAAUCCUGGCGAUAAUAUGUAUCGCUUUGGUGAUAUUCCCAGUGGAGUAAAGGGUUGGAGCGGGAAGCUGCUGCGGGAUCAUAAAACGAUAGUCCGAGCUCCACCUCGUCGCUCACUUAGCUGUCGUUUAGGAAGACUUUUUUUCCUCCGUCGAAGUAAACUUCUGAAUACGCAGCACGUCGUGGGACUCGAGAUAAAGAAAACAUGGAUGCUUGAAGCUUCAAGUUGGGCACUGUUGCGUCAGCAGUUGCAAAUUACUCUGUGUUCUGAAUCUGAAUCUGUCCAGUGUUUCGAAGUAAUCAGUUAAUUAUACACAAUUAUCUUUU